AUGGCGGUUAAUCAAUCUAGUGUUAUUAUAUUUAGUGCUAUAUGUUUUAUAAUAGUGGCACAAUUUUCGGACAUUAGUGAUGCUUAUAGUCAAAGAGAAUGCGGCGUAUCACUCCGAAGGCACACGAGGCAGCCGCGAGAGCGCUCUGCAAGUCAGCUCCGCAUCAUACGUGGCCGGGAGUCCAAACGAGGUGCUUGGCCAUGGCAGGUGUCCUUGCAACUCCUGCAUCCAAACUACGGCCUCAUCGGACACUGGUGUGGUGGCGUUUUAAUUCAUCCGCUAUGGCUUCUCACCACUGCUCACUGCAUACACAAUGAGCUGUUUAACCUGCCUGUAGCUGCACUCUGGACUGCAGUGCUCGGCGAGUGGGACCGCGCAGAGCAGAAGGGCUCCUACGUCCCCAUCGAAAAGAUCAUACUGCAUCAUCGAUUUCACAAUUACCAACAUGAUAUAGCUUUAAUGAAAAUGACAAAACCAGCCGACGUCAGCGCUGGAAGUAGAAUUCGUACAAUAUGCCUGCCUUCUUACGAAUCGCCAUUCGCAAACUACAACGCGGAGAAAGGCACAUCAUUCUACAUGAGAUCCGAGUCUGAUUCUCUUAAAAAGAAAUCCGCCAAACGCCCCAAGCCAAACCCUGACACCACUGCUACAUAUUUAGAGAAACUGAAUAAUUUAACCCAAAACAUAUUCUCUGGGUUUACGAAUAAAAAACAUAAAAAUUUAAGAUAUAAUAUCAGAGUAUCGAAUAAUUCGAACAAACAUGCAGACAGAAAGAGCGACGAAGAUGAAAUACAAACUGACGCUGAGAAGAAAAAUAGAGAUACUAUAUACGAUAGGAUAACAUUAGACAGUGUGGUAAAGUUAAUAAAAACUAAUAUAGAUGACAAAAAUAUGGAAGAAAGCAAUAAAAGGAGUGACAAAAAACUUAUGUUUGGAGAAGAAAUAGACCCAUAUAUAGAGGAUAAUAAUGGCAUUGACGUUAAAGAUGAAUGUUACGCAACUGGAUGGGGACGAGAACAUACAAAUGGCACUUUGACAGAUGUGCUGUUAGAAGCUGAAGUGCCAAUAUUGCCACUGAGUAUUUGUAGGGACAGGUAUUCAUUGUCUUUGCCCUUGAACGAAGGACAUCUGUGCGCCGGGAGUACAGACGGAAGCACUGGAGCAUGUGUUGGUGACAGCGGGGGUCCGCUGCAGUGCCGGGCGGGUGUCGCGGGUGGCGCGGGGGGCGCGGCGCUGGCGGGCGGGCGCUGGGAGCUGCGCGGCCUCACGUCGUUUGGAUCGGGCUGCGCGCGCCACGGCGUACCCGAUGUCUACACCAAUGUAGCCCAUUAUGUGGCCUGGAUAUACGCGCACAUAUACGCCACCUAA